CAUAGAAUAGUCAACAAACGUCAACUUGACAACUCCUGCGUUUAACCUCAUUUUUAAUGAGUUGUAGGUGUGUACCCCGAACUUUUUAAUUAUUUUAGUUUAUCCCAAACAUUCUGCAAACAAAAUUACCUGAGCAUGAUUCUUGGGUGUUACCGCAACAUUUACAAAGUAAUACUUGAAGGAAGAGCAAUAACAUGAGUAAGAAUUCAAACGUUGAAAAAGUUAUCAGCCAAAUAAAUUCAACUAACACGAAAAAAGUAGCUGUGUUGUUUGUGAUCUGUUUUACACUUUAUCAUGGAUUUCUUCAUUUUAGAUAUGGUCUUGACUUAUUCAUCAGUUAAAGUUUGGCGUAGCUCUUAUCUGGUGAGUGAAGGGAUGAUAAGUGAAAGUCCCGAUGGGAUUCAUUUGGCGACCAGAGCGUUAAACCAUAACAUUCAAAUCCUUUUAAACAUGUACUGCAAUGACCUUAUGAAUUUUAAUGACGGCACCUGUUGCAGUUCGCCCGAAAACAGUACCACUUUGCAAAUUCUAACGUUUAUUUGUUUCGGUGUAUGCAAUAUUAUCGCCAUCUUAAUGGGAAUUGGUCGGCUAGUUAAUAGAUUAAAAGGAAAAGAGAGGCAGCAAUAUACUCUCCUUCUAGACCAAGAUGCCACCAUGUAUCUUCCAGCUGUAGACUCUCACACGCCCUUUUAUUCUCUUGCCGAAGUCGGCUUAAUAAUGGGCUAUUUUUUUCUUUGCGAUCGCACUAAUUUCUUCAUGAAAGAGAAUAAAUAUUAUUCGGAGUUCAGCUUUUGGCUUCCAGUCGGUUACAUAUUCAUCUUGGGUCUGUUCUUUACUGAAGACAGUAAGUUUACAAAGGUACUCCAUCGAGACCAGAUAAACGAAUGGAAAGGAUGGAUGUUGCUGGUCGUCCUCGUUUAUCACGUUACUGGAGCUAGUCAAAUUUUGCCAAUAAACAUGCACAUAAAGGUCAUGACGUCGGCUUAUCUGUUUUUGAUGGGAUAUCAACAAUUCUAUUACGUCUGGCAAACCAACGUUGUAGGAAUGGUCGGUUUUUUUAAAACCCUUUUUGAACUCAACUUUAUCACCGUAACCCUCUGUCUAUGCAUGAACAGACCUUAUCAAUUUUAUAAUUUCGUGCCUUUGGUCUCGUUUUGGUACAUGAUGGUCUAUCUUUUCCUUGCAUUGCCACCCGUAAUAACUGCGCAAUCAACGGAAAACAACCCCAUUCAAUAUCUGUACUUGGUGAUUAAAUUUUUGAUUUUCUUCGCCGUUAUCACGAUCCUGUUCAUGUCUGAGGUGUUUUUUGAAAAGAUAUUCGUAACCCGGCCGUGGAAAGCCUUAUUCGUGACCAUAGACGAUGACAUUCAUGAGUGGUGGUCCCGGUGGAAACUAGAUCGAUAUUCAUCACUGUAUGGUAUGGUGUUUGCAACCCUGUAUGUCCUCGCACAAAGAUAUUGGUUUUUUGACGAUAACAACCACAAUAAUUUGUUUUCUCCUGGUAUAGCACUGACCACAACUUUAGCCGCAAUGAUGGGAGUCGGGUCGUAUAUCAUGUUCACUUUCCUGUGUAACAACGAGUUUGAUUGUAGUGAAAUACAUUCUUAUGUAGUAUUUAUCCCUAUAGUAGGGUACGUGAUCCUUAGGAACAUUUCGGGAAUGUUGAGGACAAGAUACUCAAGUUUUUUUGCGUGGUUUGGCGAAAUUUAUUUAGAGCUGUACGUGAGUCAGUAUCACAUUUGGUUGGCAGCUGAUACCCAUGGAGUCUUGGUGCUUAUACCCGGAUACCCCAUGCUUAAUAUAAUGAUAACGUCUUUUAUUUAUGUUUGUGCUUCCCAUGAGGUGCAUAGGCUUACGAAAAUUCUGCUUCCUUAUGCUGUACCUUCAGACUGGAGACAACUUUUGAGGAACGUUAUUUUAUUUCUUGCCAUUCUUGUGCCUAUAGGCAUUAACGAUGGCAUGUUUUAGAUCUGAAUAAAUUGUUUUAAUAAA